CAUGAAAUGUACAGAGAGUCAUCUGCCAAUUCCUUUACGCCCGAAGCGUCAUUUUGCGCAUGUGUCUCCGGACUGUUGUUUAAAUUUAUUACGGACCGCUCAAACCCAGGGGGGUGGGGACAAUGUAUGAUGUUUUCAGAAUAAAAAAAUCGUCAAACUGAUGAUUGCAUACUAUACAUGUGUGCCUGGUGAACCCUUGGGCAUCAGGUGGACUUUGGACGCAUUUUUACUGCAUCUGUUGAGCAUCGAUGUCCAAGCGACCUCACACACUCACCUUCACCUGUGGCAUCCAGAGUUCAACAUUUCACUGCAAGCUCUGCAAACUCACUGUACACAACAGGACUUAUCCUGUCUGUCAUGCUGGAGUAAAACUGAAACUGAGGCUGUGAUGCACUGUAGCUUUUACAAACUAAAGACUGCAACAAUGUGACAGAAGCCAUUUUACCUUGUAACAAUGAGACCACAAAACUGAUAGCAUUUGUUUAAAAAAAGAAGUAAAAGAAAAGUAGUGUGACUAUUUUAAGUUUUAGAAAUAAGUAACUCAGAUUACAUCAAUAUAAGCCUUAGUCCCCAUCUUUUGUCACAGUCACACAUCCACAAAUGCAGUCAUGUUGACCACCAUGACAUACCGCAUGCCAAAUUUCACCCUAGAACAGAAGCUCUUCCUGCUUCAGAGGAUCCAUGCGGUGGUGGACACCGUCCAGGACUUUCGGAAAGACACCAACACAACUGUGCAUCGGAACGCUGUAUGGGCAGAGCUGGUUCAGGCCUUUAAUACAGCUUUCCCUAGUCGCCCCCCUAGCAGCAUCGGGUCUCUGAAGACACUGUGGAAACGGCUGAAGGUGGAAUGUCGUGCAGCACUUCAAAAACGACAAGAACAACAGGCAGCUGGUCUACCUUUGUCUGCACUCACUCAGGUGCAGAGGGAAGUGAUUGCUUUGGUACCAAACCUGAUCUCCUGUCUGGAAGAGGCAGAUGGGGACUAUACCAUGGUUAGGGGUGGCUCACCUGGAGCAGUGGGGUUCUCUGGCACUAAUGGGAAUGAACAUGUAGAUGCUGACCUUAGUCAAAAUGAUACAGUAGACAGCAAGGAGAACUUAGCCAUCAACCUCUGCUUGUCCACACCUACGCAUCCACCUGUCAACCCUGGAAAUCCUCCUGGCCCGGCCCCCUCUCCUCCCCCCAUCCAUUUCCGCUCACAUUCAAGCACUUCCAGGGCUAGUUGGCCCACCCUCUUCCAUCCUAGCCAUGCAGGAAGCACCUCAGGGCUGGGAUCAGGUAUGGAAUUAGGGAUGUGGGCCACAAACACUGAUAGACAGGAAGUACACACAGAGUCUGAAGUGCCAUGCACCCCUGCCAGAGGAUCUGCUGAGAAUUCGUUACCGAAUGACUCUUAUGCUACAGACUCCAAAUGGGAGGCACGUCGACUGGAGUUGUUCGAGCUGGAGCAUCAGCAGACGAUGAGUCUGCUACUGCUUCAACAGUGUGUGUGGGAGGAGAAGAGGAAAGCAGUAAUACAGAAAGAGAAAGCAGCACGGGCCAAGAAGCGAUAUUAUCAAGCCAAACUGCGGAAGAUCAGUACAGAGGUUUUGCCCUCCAAUAGCGACAAUGAAGAUAGUGACCAUCCACAGACAUGAACUCAGAUGUUUAUGACGUCUUAGCAUUGU